GGAACUCAACUACCGCAGCAAAGGACGCAGGACACAACAGUCUCCCUGCCACCAUAACAUUAUGAGCAAACCUGAAGGCACUGAGAGAGGAGGACAGUCCAACUCCGACAACAGCGAAGAAAAAGACUGGGCAGCUGUCAAAGCAUUAUUUGACAACGCGAAAACAACGAAGAAGCCCCGUCCGCCCAAACCCAGCAACGCUGUAACCAUUGCGGUGUCCUCGCGAACGCUGUUUAACAUGGUGAAGGAGAGGAAGGUGUUUGAAGAGGAGGGGCUGGAGAGGUACGUCGCGCACCAGCUGGAGCUCGAGGACCAGCCUUUUACCCCAGGGGUCUCGUUUCCUUUCGUUAAGGCCCUGAUGAAUGUAAAUGCUCGUUUGAGAGAACUAUACCCAGACAGCGAGGAGCUGUUUGAUAUUGUGCUGAUGACUAAUAAUCACGCCCAGGUCGGAGUUCGCCUCAUCAACAGCAUCAAUUACUAUGAUCUAACUAUAGAGAGAUUUUGCAUGACGGGUGGAGAGAGUCCAAUUGGUUACCUAAAGGCCUAUAUGACCAACCUCUACCUGUCCAAAGAUUCAAAGAAGGUACAAGAAGCUAUCGAAGAAGGAAUAGCAGCUGCCACAAUGUUCGCCUGCGACAGUGAGAAUGAGCUCAGUGACACGCAACUGCGUGUAGCCUUCGAUGGAGAUGCAGUUUUGUUUUCAGACGAGUCUGAGAUUAUUGUAAAGGAACACGGAUUGGACACUUUCUUUAGGCACGAGAAAGAGUUUGAGAACAAGCCUCUUGCUCAGGGCCCCCUGAAAUGUUUCCUGGAAGCACUGGGUAAACUCCAGCGCAAGUUCUAUGCAAAAAGCCAAAGAAACAGCUGCCCUAUUCGCACUUACCUCGUCACAGCUCGAAGUGCUGCCAGUGCUGGGGCCCGCGUUCUGAAGACCCUACGGAGCUGGGGGUUGGAGGUAGACGAGGCCCUCUUUUUGGCUGGGGCUCCUAAGGGGCCUCUCUUACAGAAGAUCAGGCCUCACAUCUUCUUUGAUGAUCAGAUGUUUCACAUCGAGGGUGCCCAGGAGCUUGGUACAAUCGCCGCUCAUGUGCCCUAUGGGAUUGGACAGAAGUAUCAUAAGGUGAAACGCAUAGAUACAAGUGAUGCAGAAAAAAAUGAAAAGAUUUGAUUAUCAAAUGCAAACGUCCCAAUUCUUUAGGUACCUCAACACCUAUUCAGUGUCUUACAUUUGAUCUAUACAACAGCUAAAAUAUAAAUGUUUACUUAUAUUAAUAAUGAGCAGGGAAGUGAAGCACAUGCAUGAAAGUCUCUGCAAGUUAUAGGUAAUUGUAUUUAUUUAUUUGGUUGCAUCAGAGAGAGUUUUGAACCUUGAUCUAUACAGAUAGUUUAAGUUAAAUGGAUUGCUGGAAAUAUAAAUACAAAGAAGCUACGAUGCUCAAAAUGAUCUAGUAUAUUAUGUACUGUACUAAUGCGUCAGCACUGUGAGGUUAAACUACAUGCUUCAGCCCUUUCUUUUUCUUUUUCAAAGAGAAUAAUGUGCAAUUAGAUGCAUUUACCAAUCUUUAUGCCUUGAUCACUAUGAUUUUUUAAAAUGUUUAAUCAAGAGUUUAAUUUAGAAUA